UUCCCAAUCAACCGCCAAGAAGAAUCGUCAUUCUCGCCUCGCCAAAUAGUCUCUGCAAAAAAAUUAAAAUCUAAAAGAAAUUUGGAUAAUUUGGAUGAAAAGAACCACAGGGAAAAAAAUUCAAACAAAAUUUGAAAGUGGUGAAACUUGGUGGGCUUUUUCGAUGAAAAUUAACUGACGCCAUUCUCAGGCGGUAAUUCAAUUCGGUGAAGACUAAAGACCAGCCAGUUCGUCGUACCACUCUUUUGGAAUGUACCCGGUGCCGAGACUCUGAGGAGUCUUUCGAUACACACGAAAUAACCGGGAUCGAUCGAUCGUUCUGCAACACUCGUAGAAAAUGAUCUCACAGUAAUAACAUAACGAUUUAUUACAAAAUCUUGUACCGAUCGCCAGCCCAUGAGGUUCAUGUUACUUGUUUUACUUCAGACAAUAUCUUGAUCGUUCCGUUCCCACUUCUCCGCAGUUUGCAAGGGAAGUAAGUGCAGAAAAUUCUUUAUUGCCUGGGAAGAUCGAACCCGGAACUGCAAAUGGUCAUGUUCGAAUUUUUCGCACCCACCCACUCCGGCGGAUAUUUUUCACUUCGAAAAAUCGAACGGAAUAUAAAAAGGGGGACGGAUGAAAAAAACAUUUCAUUGCCACGAAGAGUAUAACAAUGAUGGCAGGAUCGUUGCCCAUUUGAAGAAAUGGAGGAGGAGAAAAGAAAAAAACAAAAAAUCAUACGUUGACAUCGUGGUCGCGUCGACAUUUGCGAUUAAUUUUUUCUUCUUUUCUUCUCUCCUGAAAUUAUAACACGCAUUAUCAUUUUGCUCAGUUAUAAUUCCGUUACAUCAAACUGGUUGUGACUAACUUUAUGUCUCCAUAUGUACGUAUAUAUAUAUAUAUAUACAUAUAUUUACUCGGAUGCUUAAACCUGCAAAUGAGCUGAGAAAUGUAAAUCUGGAUCUAUUAUAAAAACCAGUGUGUAAAAUUUCUGCGUUUUCAUUACUUUUCUUUUUUGGUUUCUUCCGCUUUCCUUCUAGCAGUUGUUAAUUGUUUGCGAAGGUCAAGCGCAUCGUCGCGUCAUCUGCUGCAAAUUUUCAUGAAAACAAGUUGUUUUCUUUUAAAUUGCAGUAUUCGAAUAAUCUGUAUCGAGAGUCGAACUGUUCAUGAUCUAGCGGUUGAUACGUACUAGUAUUACACACCUGGUAUACAUGUAGCGGUAAUGUGUGCCCAUACGCAAUGAACGAUAUUGAGAUAAAUUGAAAUAAUUUUUUUCCUCUUAUUGCUCCUAUUGGUUUAGUUUUGCAGAAUUAUUAUUGCAGCGGGUAAAGAUUAUGCGGCAGCGAUCGUGCAGAUCGGUAAUACCGUUACUGCCACGCGCAGAGCAUAUGAGACUACGUACAAUAUAUAAAUACUAGCAUGUACAUGAAAAAAAUAGUAUACUCGUAAAAUAUUUGUAUACAAUUUAUAUGAUAUUGUACAACGUGAUACGGUAUCGUAAUUAUAGCAAUAAAUUCGUAUACUAUACCUGAGAAAACUUGCGGAGGAUUUAUACGCUUUCGCAGAAUAAUCUAAUGCAUCUGCUCAGCGUUCAUCAAAUUUUACCAUGUUUCCUCAUUCGGCGACGAAUCGAUUGGAUGAACCUGGUCUAAAAUCGUGUAAAAUUCAUGUAUAUGCGAUUUGAAGAACGUAAACGAUUGAGAUAACUGUUUAUCGCAUGACAUAAAUUCGUUGACACCUAAUUUUAAUGUCGCGAUUAACAACAGCGCAGACCAAAGAAAGAGGAAGGAAGGGCUUAAAUAAUUAUAAGUGAAAAAAAAAAGAAAGGUGAAAAAAAACGAGUAAAGAAAUAAUGUGAAUUUUAGCUGUGAAUUAUCUUAAGCACUUUAUACCUUCUCUCUUUUGUUCUUACCCACGUAUAAUACAGUUACCCAAUUAUGCCUGGGUAUCUGCUUACUAUAACUAACUAUACGCGUAAGUAACGUCGGUAUUGGUGGACGUGGUUCUGGGUGCGUGUAAAAAUACGUAAAGACACGUAUGAUUUUAUACGCGGAGAUCUUGAGGAGAUUUAAUUAUCGCUGUUGUAUUGUAAUACAACGUGCGCUCGUACGUACACGUGUACACGAGUGUACAUUCGCUAAUUUUCACCUGAUGAUGCGAAUUAUAAUUUUAGCUACUGCAAAUUAAAAACUUAGUUUUAAUAUAAUACCUAGCUGUGAUGUGGUAAUGAGUUACCGAUCUCGUUGUACGUAUGACUAUACGGGUAUACGCAGGAGCAGCGCUCGUUCAGAAACUCUGACCCAGUUUAACAACCCUUCCUGGUUCACAGGAUAGAACACUGACGCCUCUGCACUCUCGAGUCAUUCGUAUAUAUUAUAUUAGGUAAGAACGGUUAAAAAUGCCACAAUAUUUCUGCAAUAAUUAGACAGCUUCACGUUUCGUCAAAAUCGUUAGGAUUGUAUACUCGUAGAAAUAUGUUACAACGUUAUACGUGCGGAGUAAUGCAAAAUUAGCAACUAGAAUACGGCGCGUUACGUGUAAUUUAAUUUUCUAUUUUUCAAUGUCCUACCCUCGAAUAACUUCUUCAUAAAUAUUUACGCCGUGUGACGUGAAGGUCGCCUUUGUAAUUCGAAAUUGCGUUGUAAGGUCGCGGGCGGCUGGUGCAGCUUUGAGAUUCUGAAAUAAUGAAUAAAUUAUCGAUUUCCUCGAGAAAUAACAUCCUCGAAGGUUUCGAUCGCGUAAUUGUGAGGAUUCGGAAUUUUAGGAAUCAUUGCAGUCGUAUUAUUAUAUUCAUUUUGCGACGCUGUAGCUUCGAUUCCUUCUCAUCCGCCAUUUCAACUUGGACUGUAACGCGAAUGCGAUUUGUGAUACGACUUUUACAAUGUCCCGCGGAUGAGCGAUCGAACGAUCAAUUGAAAUACUGCUCGAUCUCCCCGACUUGCUGCGCUUUGCCAUCGACUCUGCGGAUAUUAUUGUCAUUAUCAUCGUCAUAGCCAUGAAAAUGAACGGAAGCCGGAACGAAAGAAAAAAAUUGCACCGAUUUUGUGGUCGAUAUUGUUGCUCGAUCCUUGCUCGAAAUCACCACAUCCGUUUUCAAAUGAAACUACAAAACAUAUUUCAUGGACUUGUAGAGAACUGAGAGGACGCGAACAAAAUGAAUAAAUGAAUAAAUAAAUCAAAUCCCUGUAAUCGUAUUAGAUUUUUUCCCCAAAAACUGUGAGAAAAUUUGUUGUUUUUAAUAACAUUUUGGAGACAAAAGGCGCGUAUCGUAGGUGGAUAUAAAAUUGCUUUCGUAUUUCUUGAAAAUUAUCUCGGAUAGAAUUCAUAGUUUUCUGCACACAAAGAAGAUCGGCGAGGUCACCAUCCCCGGGCGUCGUUCAUUGAUCUGAUCGCGGGUUCUUCGCUCAGCUACGGUGUCCCUCAGGGUCAUCCGAGUCCGUCGAAUAAUCACGGGUAGCGGCUCCUAUAAUAGUUGACCGAUCCGGGGGUCGUCAAGAUCGAGCCAUUGAGUAGUUUGCUCCUCCUUGCCAGUCUGCCGCCUCUCACGGCCCGACAUUUAUUUCACUUAUUUUCAACGACGAGGCGCUGUACAGAGCAAAAGCUUCGGUUACGUCUUCUAUUACAUCGACAACUGUAAUCGUUUCACGCCCCGUAGCUGGCGACAAAUUACACUCCGUUUUUCCAUUUCCAAUGAUUAUUUUUUUUCCUAUUCUCUCAAUUAUUCUGCUUGAUUGUCGUAAAAAUUGCCGAGCGAUAACCAAUUUCGCGUUGAUUUGAUCGAGCGAUACGUGAAAGAUGACGCGUACUUCACACCGUCGACAUUAAUUCGGAAUCGGAUAAUGGGGGAAAAAAUUAUGCCAUGAAUUUUCAUGAACAUAAUGCUGCCGCGGGCUGAAACCGCAACGCGGAAAAUCACUCGUAAUUGCCCUGGGUGCUGUGGUCGUAAAAUUUUGGCGGACCGUGGGCUCCUACAGGUUCCGAUUGAUUUAUCGAAAGCGAAACCAACUACCGAAUACCCAGUUUUUUCCGGACACCAAGAUCAAGGACCGAGGAGAUUCCGGGGCCACGAAAACUGGGAAAAAACAUUCCACGUGGGAUUCUCGAAUGUAAAUUCAGAAAAUUUUACCGAAUAUCAGACACCAGAUAACAGAGGCAGUGCACCGGAAGAGGACGUAAAAAGGGGAAUCAUGGCUUUGCAGACUUCGGGUUCUCUCGGUGAAAUAGCGGAGUCUGGGAUUUCGGUGUUACAGGAUCAGUACAAGGUAGCGUGCGCGGAAGCAUCAGCGUCGAUAAAAUACCUGAAAAAUUUAUGGAUGGUUACAGAUGGCAACUACCUGCGAAAAGCAAUUGUGGUAAACAGGAUGAUUUGCUUCUACCUGAUCAUCCUUGGUAUCUAUAUAGCGGAAACUUGUUUCUGGGUGAAUCAAAAACUCAUCGAAGGUCUUCGCAACGUACUCCUGAGACCGAAAAAUUACAGGAAACUGACCAUAGCAAAGUCGGACCACCGCGUGCGAAUGAUGAUGGUUUCUUUCCGAGAAUAAUCACCUAUUUCUAAGAACGGAACGCGCUUAUUACACGUUACUUAUAUAUAUAUAUGUAUAUACAUUAGAUAUGAUACACUCAUACCUACAUAAAUAUUAUUUCAUUCAAGCAAUUGGAUAAAAUACGCACGUUAACAAUAUUUAACCAUACGAUUCUUAUUAUCUAGAAUUGACUGAGGAUUUUUUGCGGGCUUCCAGAUCCUGAUCCUUGCUCGAAUGAGAGUUUUUUCGCGCGGGCGAUCGUAUCCUUGAGGAGGAUCAACGACUAGGAAGUGGUAAAAUUGGCAAAAAACAAUAUUGACGGCGAUAUGCAUAUUCGCAGAACUUUUUAAAGAGGUUGAUGAUUUACGAUUAUUCAGAGUUAGGUUUAUUGUGUAUUAUAUACAGCCACUGUGUAUACAUAGUUAUAGUGUUACAAUAUUCAACGUUGGAUCUAUUUUAUUUUAUAUAUAUAUAUAUAUAUAUAGCGGGUCCAAGUUGCUCACCAUGUUCCCACGAAGCAUCGAGUUGGACACGCCUGCCUCUCAACGGCAACUAUCAAGUUCCACAAAGUAAAGUAAAGUAAAGUGAAGUAUAAAGUAAAGUACGACCAGAGAUCCUAACAUCAAAGAGGCAAGCUCGCCUUCGUUAUACUAUACACAUAAGCUGUAACCUGCACUGCAACUUUUAUCAGGUCCUGAUUAUUCUCAUUAUAACCAUCUCACAUUCAUUAUCUAUGUAUCAUCUAUAUGCACCUACGUUACACCGAAAAUUGAGCGAAUAAAAAAAAAAGAGUCAGUGAAAAACCAGAAGGAACAUAAUGAGCCGGCAAUAGAAUCUGCGAACAAAAAUUUGAACAAUGGUCCGCAGAAAAGUGUGGAACGAACAUUCCGUUGAUACUUCGAUGCAGUUGGUAAAGUGACAGAUAGCGUUUCGCAAACCGGGUAACAAUCGCAAAUAAAAUAAAGUGAAGGAAAAAAAAAAUAAAA